GAGCUCCGCCGCACCGCCGCCGCCGCCCCCCCGCCCCGCGCCCCGGGGCCACCCCGGCCAGCGCCGCUCGCCCGCCGCCGCUCAGCGCCCGCCCGGGAGGAAUGAGCGACGGAGCGGCCGCUCCGCGCCGCGGUAAGUGUGGACGUCUGUGUCAGUGUGAGAGCAUCAUGGUGGCCUUCAAAGGAGUCUGGACUCAGCCCUUCUGGAAGGCUGUGUCAGCAGAAUUUUUGGCCAUGCUCAUUUUUGUCCUGCUCAGCCUCGGCUCCACGAUCAACUGGGGUGGAGCAGAGAAACCCCUGCCCACGGACAUGGUCCUUAUCUCCCUCUGCUUUGGGCUCAGCAUCGCAACCAUGGUGCAGUGCUUUGGACACAUCAGUGGAGGCCACAUUAACCCUGCUGUGACCGUGGCGAUGGUCUGCACGAGGAAGAUCAGCCUCGCCAAGUCUGUCUUCUACAUCGUUGCCCAGUGCCUGGGAGCCAUCGUGGGUGCUGGCAUCCUAUACCUGGUCACACCACCCAGCGUGGUGGGAGGGCUGGGCGUCACUGCGGUACAUGGGGAUCUCUCUGCUGGCCACGGGCUCCUGGUGGAGCUGAUAAUUACCUUCCAGCUGGUUUUCACUAUUUUUGCCAGCUGUGAUGCGAAGCGCAGCGAUGUCACCGGCUCCGUGGCUUUAGCGAUUGGGUUGUCGGUUGCAAUCGGACAUUUGUUUGCUAUCAAUUACACUGGUGCCAGCAUGAACCCUGCUCGAUCAUUUGGACCUGCUGUCAUCAUGGGCAGAUGGGAGAACCAAUGGGUGUAUUGGGUGGGACCAAUAAUAGGAGCAGUGCUUGCUGGUGCCCUGUACGAGUACGUCUACUGCCCGGACGUGGAGCUGAAGCGCCGCUUUAAAGAUGUCUUCAGCAAGGCCACUCAGCCCUCCAAGGGCAAGUACAUCGAGGUGGAUGACAACAGGAGCCACGUGGAGACUGAUGACCUGAUCCUGAAGCCUGGCAUUGUUCAUGUGAUCGAUAUUGACAGGGGUGAGGACAAGAAGGGAAGAGAUCCAUCCAGCGAGGUGUUGUCUUCUGUAUGACUAGCAAGAAGCACUGAAAGCAGAGAGCAGCCUGCUAGCACGUCCACAGAUAUCCUGCCACCUAUUAAAGAAACAGAUCUCCUCUAAACUGAGCUCCUGCCAGCUCCUAAAAUGUAUGGUGUGGGCAGCUGCGUGGUCGUGGUGUCACCAAACCAUACUCCUGGCUCAGCUGGAAGAUCAGGACUUGGCUAUAAUUAGGAUUCCCCAUCUACUAUUCCAAAUUAGGAGCUGUUCCUAGUAUCUUCCUUCCCUUCUUUUCCCCCAAAUCAGAAUGAAAUCAAAAAGAGAGAGAUGAAAGCUUUCUCCUUUAAUAAACCAGUCAAUAAUGAGAUGGAGAGAGAGAGAUGUUUAACAUUCAGAUUGACAGUUAAGACAUAGCAGGAAAUGCCUAUAGACAUGAAGACCUACUUAUCAGAUUGUUCUUCUGACACUUAAUUGGCUGUUGUCAGCUCUGAUUAGAACAUCUCCAUCCAUUAAGUGUUCUUCAUGAGGUCCAGGGACAGCACCCAGAGUACUGCAAGAGUUUUGUCCCCAGACAAGCACAGGAGUUGUCGUUGCCGCUCCUGUACGUCACCAAACUACCUCUGAAAAGGAAUUAACCCUGCUCUAGGUGUUAAAAAUCAAAUCAAACAAAUUCCACCAGCCCAUCAGAUUUCACUCCUGCUUUGCAGUCUAAAUUAUAUUUCCUUCAGAGAGUAAACAUGAGAAAAGGAAUGCUGAAGCCUGCUGU